AUGUGUCCUGACUACAUGUGUCCUGACUACAUGUUUCCUGACUACAUGUGCCCUGACUACAUGUGUCCUGACUACAUGUGCCCUGACUACAUGUGCCCUGACUACAUGUGUCCUGACUACAUGUGUCCUGACUACAUGUGCCCUGACUACAUGUGUCCUGACUACAUGUGUCCUGACUACAUGUGCCCUGACUACAUGUGUCCUGACUACAUGUGCCCUGACUACAUGUGCCCUGACUACAUGUGUCCUGACUACAUGUGUCCUGACUACAUGUGUCCUGACUACAUGUGUCCUGACUACAUGUGCCCUGACUACAUGUGCCCUGACUACAUGUGUCCUGACUACAUGUGUCCUGACUACAUGUGCCCUGACUACAUUCUGACAUGUGUCCUGACUACAUGUGUCCUGACUACAUGCGUCCUGACUACAUGUCGCCUGACUACAUUCUGA